CUGAACGGUACUUUAACCGAAGAAUGUCAACUUGAGAUUAGUCCUCGUUAACAGGUCUGAUCGCAGGGCUGUGACAGCAGACCCAGAGGGGAUGGAUGGAUUUGCUGUGAAGGUUUCUGAGGCAGUGUGUCUUGGGGCCAGCUUUGCCCUCUCAGGCAUCUGCUACUACCUGUACAGGAAGAGUCGGUCGACAGUGAAUACACUCAAUGAUGCUCCACACUUCAAUAUAGAUAAAAAACUAACAGACGUCUUGAAAGUUACUCCAGGAGUGUGUCUACAGUAUGCUGUCAUUGAAGGUGCUGUGCAACCGGUGGGGGACUCUCUGAACAGUCACUUCCAAAAAGAAACUGUCGGAGUUUUGCAGAAAUUCAGUUUGAGAGAACACAGGCUGGUGUGGAACGGCUUUUCACGCACUUGGACGGACAGUGAGCGACUCUUACACCAAAGAGUGAAUUCAGUGCCGUUUAUGUUAGUGGGAUCAGAUGAGACGGCAAUCAAAGUCAUGUGCCCUCUGCAGGCAGAUGGAGUGCAGAUGGAGAUCACACAUGAGAAGUUCCACCAGGUCAAUUAUGGCUUGGGCGACAUCGUAGGACAAUUCCUCAGCGGGGAAAAGCUUAAAGGACAACUGGAGACAGAGGAAAUGCUCAAAGUGGGUACAAUUCUCACAGGUGUAGGUGAGCUGGUCCUGGACACAGAUGGCACCCUGAAACUUCAACCACCAUCCAAUGGAUCAAAGUACUUCCUGAGCAUCACAGACUUUGACACCCUGCGAGGAGAGCUGGAAGACACAGCCGUGACGUGGAAGGUGUUUGCUAUUGUCUUUGCACUAGCAGGCGCAGCGGCCCUCCUCUGGGUUGGUCGACGUUAUUACAAACACAGAAAACUUCACUGGCAGCGGGAAAAAGAAAGAAGAGAAUUUGAGAGACUGCAGGCUGAAAGAAUGCGCAAUGGAGCAGGAGGCCUGGAGGAUGGUCUAGAUGAUGAUGAGGACAAUAUAGAGAAUGCCUGUUUGAUUUGCCUCAGUCAGCCACGUAACUGUAUUCUGUUGGACUGUGGGCAUAUAUGCUGCUGCCACAGCUGCUACCAGGCCCUUCCACAACACCUAUGCCCCAUAUGCAGACAGCCCAUCACCAGAGUAUUGCCUCUCUAUCACGCCUGAGGCACUUGCAUGAUUAUAUGAGCUCAGUGGAGCUUCAUCAUCAAACUGUUCAAGCUUUAGACAUAAACAGUCCGAACUUCUGCACUUGAGAGAGGGUAAAGACGGUUUUGAGGAACAUACUGUAUUGUACCUAUUGACAAAAUGUGAAAUAUCAAACUGCUGUCAAACCCUUUGUUCACAGAAGUCAAGUGAGGUACUUUUAUAUGGGGGAAAUGAAAUAUUUUGUAAAUUUAUUUUCCUACAUGUUCAAGUCAUGUGCCUUAACAUUGUUAAUUUAUAUGAGUGCUGCUAUCCCACAAUGAUUAUACAUAUCUGAUUAACUUAAGCCUGCUCGUGAAGUGCUAAGCUUUUUGUUUCAGCCAAUGUCAGUUACAUUUUUGAGUCACUGGAAGUUAUUGAAACAAAGACACGUUUAGUGGCCAGAUACUUAGAGGGAAAUCCAGCCGCUUUAGUGUUAAGGUCCACUAUAGACUGUAAAAUGGUGGCUUGUUGAAACAAAUUCAAUAAAACCUCAGUCAUUAAAUAUUGUAUUUCACUUCAUACUCUCUACUAAUAGUUCCUGAUGCUAAAUCCUUCAACCACUUCAAGUUAUUUGAGCUAUGGAGUGAUGAUAAAACUCAAUCAUGUCUUGUUACAGAUCUGUGGGGGAGUAACAUGUUAUACUGUAUAAUGCCCUUUCUGG